UCUCUCUCUCUCUCUCUCUCUCUCUCUCUCUCUCUCUCUGGGUUCUGAGGUGGUGGAUUCAAGGCCCAGUUAUUCCGGUAACAUCUAGCCAGUGAUGCACUAACACAAUGGUACAAUCUUGUGCUAUACCCAUGAAGAAGAGAUAAGCAGGUCUGAUUAUCCAGAAGAAGAAAAAGUUCAAAACUUCAAUCACACAUUAAUGAAAGAGGCCAUCUUUACGUUGGGAAUCCAUAAAGACUUGUGAAGUAGCAGUUUACAUAAGUGGGUUUAUCUGUGGUUGAUAAAAAAUGGCGGCGGCGGCGCUGGCCGGUGAUGAUCUUGCAAGAUCAACAAGUAGUCGGAGUUGGAACUCCGGCAGCAAGAGAAGCUGGAAUUCGGCGAGUUUCCGGGAGGUCUGGCAGGCUCCGCCGGACGUUUUCAACCGGAGUGGAAGACAGGAGCCCAACGAUGAGGAGGAGCUCCGGUGGGCUGCCAUCGAGAAGCUACCCACGUAUGACCGGAUGAGAAAGGGGAUAUUAAGGCAAGUUCUUGAUAAUGGAAGGAUUGUUACUGGUGAAGUUGAUGUCACCAAUCUUGGAAUGCAAGAUAAGAAGCAGUUGAUGGAGAGUAUAUUAAAAAUUGUUGAAGACGAUAAUGAAAAGUUCCUCCGGAGGCUGAGGGACCGGACCGAUAGGGUUGGAAUUGAGACACCAAAGAUUGAAGUCCGGUAUGAGCACUUAUCAGUGGAGGGAGAAAUAUAUGUUGGGAGCAGAGCACUUCCCACUUUGCUCAAUGCUACCAUAAACACAAUUGAGAGCGUUCUGGGACUAAUUCAUCUUGCCCCAUCUAAAAAGAAAAAAAUCAAGAUACUUCAAGAUGUCAGCGGAAUUGUCAAACCAUCAAGGAUGACACUGCUUUUGGGUCCUCCAGGAGCAGGGAAGACAACAUUGUUGCUGGCACUUGCAGGGAAGCUUGAUAAGGAUCUCAGGUUAGCGGGGAAAGUCACGUACUGUGGCCAUGAAUUGCAUGAGUUUGUUCCUCGGAGGACAUGUGCUUAUAUUAGUCAACAUGAUCUUCACUAUGGAGAGAUGACAGUGAGAGAGACGUUCGAUUUUUCAGGACGCUGUUUUGGGGUUGGCACGAGAUAUGACAUGCUGGCAGAACUCUCUCGACGCGAGAAAGAAGCAGGAAUCAAACCAGACCCAGAGAUUGAUGCAUUCAUGAAGGCUACAGCUGUAACAGGCCAAGAAACAAGUUUGGUGACAGACUAUGUUCUCAAGAUACUUGGACUGGAUAUUUGUCCGGAUAUCAUGGUUGGUGAUGAUAUGAGAAGAGGUAUUUCUGGUGGACAGAAGAAGCGUGUGACUACUGGAGAGAUGUUGGUUGGGCCAGCAAAAGCUCUUUUUAUGGAUGAAAUAUCAACCGGAUUGGACAGUUCCACUACAUUCCAGAUUGUUAAGCAUAUGAGGCAAAUGGUUCAUAUUAUGGAUGUGACCAUGAUCAUUUCGCUCCUGCAACCAGCCCCUGAGACAUAUGAUCUAUUCGAUGACAUUAUCUUGCUGUCAGAAGGUCAAAUUGUCUAUCAAGGUCCGCGUGAUAAUGUUCUUGAAUUCUUUGAGUACAUGGGUUUCAAAUGCCCGGAAAGGAAAGGAGUUGCUGACUUUCUCCAAGAAGUGACUUCAAAGAAAGACCAAGAACAAUAUUGGUUCAGAAAGAACCGACCUUACAGAUAUAUCUCAGUCCCUGAAUUUGCACAGGCGUUCAACUCUUUCCACAUUGGCGAACAGCUUGCAACAGAGUUUAGUGUUCCUUAUGAUAAAUCCAGAACACACCCAGCUGCAUUGGUGACAGACAAAUAUGGAAUCUCCAACUGGGAGAUAUUUAAGGCGUGCUUUGCCAGGGAGUGGCUGUUGAUGAAGCGCAACUCAUUUGUAUACAUUUUCAAAACAUUUCAAAUAACAGUCAUGUCUCUAAUAGCCUUGACUGUGUUCUUGAGAACAGAAAUGCCUACUGGCACUAUAGCAGAUGGAGGGAAAUUCUAUGGAGCCCUAUUUUUCAGUCUCAUCAAUGUAAUGUUUAAUGGAAUGGCCGAACUUUCGAUGACUGUUUUCAGGCUUCCUGUCUUCUAUAAACAAAGGGACUUCUUGUUCUAUCCAGCAUGGGCUUUUGGUUUGCCAAUUUCGCUCCUCAGGAUACCAAUAUCAUUAUAUGAAUCAGCGAUAUGGAUUGUUCUCACAUAUUACACAAUUGGAUUUGCCCCAGCUGCCAGCAGGUUCUUCAAGCAGUUCUUGACGUUCUUUGGUAUACAUCAGAUGGCUCUCUCGCUCUUUAGAUUCAUUGCUGCGGUGGGAAGAACACAGGUCGUUGCAACCACAUUGGGUACUUUCACCUUGCUAAUUGUAUUUGUGCUUGGAGGAUUCAUAGUUGCCAAAAAUGAUAUCCAGACAUGGAUGAUUUGGGGGUAUUAUGUUUCUCCUAUGAUGUAUGGACAAAAUGCCAUAGUCAUUAAUGAAUUUCUUGACAAAAGAUGGAGUGCUAACAAUACAGAUUCCCAAAUUCAUGCACCUACGGUGGGCAAAGCCAUUCUCAAGUCAAGAGGCUUCUAUACAGAUGAAUAUUGGUUUUGGAUCUGUAUUGCAGCACUCAUAGGGUUCUCCAUUCUCUUCAACAUUUUAUUUAUAGCCGCACUGACUUUCUUAAAUCCUUUGGGUGAUGCAAAAGCUGUAGUGAUGGAUGAUGAUGACCAAAAGAAAAAGAGAUCAUCCUCUGGACAAAAUAGAACAGAGGCAAACGAAGGCAUUGAUAUGGAUGUGAGAAAUGCUUCAUCUGGUACAAGCUCAAUUGUUGGUGUUGCGGAUCAUGCACCUAGAAGAGGAAUGGUUUUGCCCUUCCAACCCCUUUCACUUGCUUUCAACCAUAUCAACUACUAUGUUGAUAUGCCUGCUGAAAUGAAAAGUCAAGGGGUUGAAGAAGAUCGUCUCCAACUGUUGCGAGAUGUUAGUGGUGCUUUUAGACCAGGGAUACUGACAGCACUUGUAGGUGUUAGUGGUGCUGGAAAGACCACCUUGAUGGAUGUGUUAGCUGGAAGAAAGACUGGUGGGUACAUUGAAGGAAGUAUUAAUAUUUCGGGUUACCCAAAGAACCAGGCAACAUUUGCUCGAGUGAGCGGGUACUGUGAACAGAAUGAUAUUCAUUCACCAAAUGUGACUGUUUAUGAAUCUCUCCUCUACUCGGCUUGGCUUCGUCUUUCUGCAGAUGUGAAAACAAAAACAAGAAAGAUGUUCGUUGAAGAAGUGAUGGAGUUGGUUGAGCUUAAUCCAAUAAGAAACUCUUUAGUUGGUCUUCCGGGAAUAGACGGUCUUUCAACAGAACAAAGGAAGAGGCUGACAAUAGCUGUAGAGUUAGUUGCAAACCCAUCUAUCAUCUUCAUGGAUGAACCAACAUCAGGCCUUGAUGCUCGAGCAGCUGCCAUUGUUAUGCGUACUGUGAGAAACACAGUAGAUACAGGAAGAACGGUCGUGUGCACAAUUCACCAACCAAGUAUAGAUAUAUUUGAAGCUUUUGACGAGUUACUUUUGAUGAAGAGGGGAGGCCAAGUCAUUUAUGCUGGGCCUCUAGGUCGCCAGUCUCACAAGCUAAUAGAAUAUUUUGAAGCUGUCCUAGGUGUUCCCAAGAUUAAGGAAGGUUCUAACCCUGCCACAUGGAUGUUGGAGAUUAGUGCUCCUUCAGUUGAGGCUCAACUGGAUGUCGAUUUUGCUGAUAUUUAUGCUAACUCCUCCCUCUAUCAGAGGAAUCAAGAACUUAUAGAAGAACUUAGUAUGCCACCACCUGGUUCCAAAGAUCUAUAUUUCCCAACCAAGUAUUCCCAACCGUUUCUUGUUCAGUGCAAAGCAAGUUUCUGGAAACAGCAUUGGUCUUACUGGAGGAACCCACAGUACAAUGCCAUUCGGUUCUUCAUGACAAUUAUCAUUGGUGUUCUAUUUGGAGUUAUAUUCUGGAACAAGGGCCAGAAAAUAGAAAAACAACAAGAUCUAAUGAAUCUGUUGGGAGCUAUGUACUCCGCUACUUUUUUUCUUGGAUCCACCAAUGCUGCCACAGUGCAAGCAAUUGUGGCUAUUGAGAGAACUGUUUUCUACCGUGAAAGGGCAGCCGGGAUGUAUUCAGAAUUGCCUUAUGCAUUUGCUCAGGUGGCCAUCGAAACGGUCUAUGUUUUAAUCCAAACCAUGGUGUACACUCUUCUUCUGUUCUCGAUGAUUGGGUUCCAGUGGACAGUGGCCAAAUUCUUUUGGUUCUACUACUACAUAUCAAUGUGCUACAUCUACUUCACAAUUUUCGGAAUGAUGCUUGUUGCACUUACUCCAGGUGCCCAAAUUGCUGCCAUUAUGAUGUCCUUCUUUCUUAGCUUCUGGAACUUGUUUACCGGUUUCGUCAUUCCCAGGCCGCAAAUACCUAUAUGGUGGAGGUGGUACUAUUGGGCUUCUCCCGUCGCGUGGACAGUUUAUGGCCUUGUGGCCUCACAAGUGGGUGACAUAACUACUCCAGUGGAUGUUCCCGGAACUGAUUCUAUGAGAGUGAAGGAUUUCCUUAAAAAAAACUUGGGUUAUGACUAUGGUUUCCUUCCAGCCGUCGCUGUAGCCCAUGUUGGUUGGGUCCUUCUCUUCUUCUUUGUCUUUGCCUAUGGGAUCAAGUUCUUGAAUUUCCAAAGGAGAUAACCAGCCAGCUAUUUUUAACCUAACAGGGUAAUGUGAAUUUAUCUAUACACCAAGAACUCAAUUCUGCAGGUAGUCAAGAGUGUGUAAACAAGGCAGUUGCCUCUUCUUUAAACAACCCUCCCUCCCCCUUCCCCCCCCCCCCAGCGCAGUGGCACCGCCUUUCAUUAUUCUCUUUAUACUUGUCUUUCUAUUCUUUGAGUUUGGAUUGUACUCAUGUAUCAUAAAUGCGUAUGAACACUUGAAAUGUUAAAAAGGUAUUUUUGAAUCUUGAUUGUAUGAAGAAUUUGCAGUUUUUGCAACUUAGAAAC